AUAUAGAAGCUGCUCGAGUGGUCAUUUUUACAGUAAAGCAGUCUCCUCAAAAGAGUAAAGAAAGAGAAAAAGAGUGAUAAGAGUGAGAAAGAGGAUAUGGAUCCCGAAGGUUUCACGAGUGGCUUAUUCCGAUGGAACCCAACUAGAGCUAUAGUUCAAGCACCAACUCCGGUUCCUCCACCGCAGCAGCAGCAGCAGCAACCGCCGGCAACGCCGCAGACGGCAGCGUUUGGAAUGCGACUAGGUGGUUUGGAGGGUUUGUUCGGUCCUUACGGAGUACGUUUUUACACGGCGGCAAAGAUAGCGGAGCUAGGUUUUACGGCGAGCACGUUGGUGGGCAUGAAGGACGAGGAGCUUGAGGAUAUGAUGAAUAGCCUCUCUCAUAUCUUUCGUUGGGAGCUUCUUGUCGGCGAACGGUACGGCAUCAAAGCUGCCGUCAGAGCUGAAAGGAGGCGAUUGCAAGAAGAGGAAGAAGAGGAAUCUUCUAGACGCCGUCAUUUGAUACUCUCCGCCGCAGGUGAUUCCGGCACUCAUCACGCCCUUGAUGCUCUCUCUCAAGAAGAUGGCUGGACAGGGUUAUCCGAGGAGCCAGUUCAGCACCGAGACCAGACUGAUGCGGCGGGGAUUAACGGAGGAGGAAGAGGAGGUUAUUGGGAAGCAGGGCAGACAACGAUGAAAAAGCAACGCCGAAAGAAAGCGAUUGCGACGUCAGUGGAAACCGAUAAUGACGGCAACGAAGGUGAUGAUGACGACGGGAUGGAUAACAGUAACGAAAGUGCGUUGGGGACGGAGAGACAGAGAGAGCAUCCGUUUAUUGUAACGGAGCCAGGGGAAGUAGCACGUGGUAAAAAGAACGGUUUGGAUUAUCUUUUCCACUUGUACGAACAGUGCCGCGAGUUCCUUCUUCAGGUCCAGACCAUUGCUAAAGACCGCGGCGAAAAAUGCCCUACCAAGGUGACGAACCAGGUGUUUAGGUACGCGAAGAAAUCGGGGGCGAAUUACAUAAACAAGCCAAAAAUGCGACACUACGUUCACUGUUACGCACUCCACUGCCUUGACGAAGAAGCUUCAAACGCUCUCCGAAGAGCGUUUAAAGAACGUGGUGAGAACGUUGGGUCGUGGCGUCAGGCUUGUUACAAGCCACUUGUGGACAUAGCUUGUCGUCAUGGGUGGGAUAUAGACGCUGUUUUUAACGCUCAUCCUCGACUUUCCAUUUGGUAUGUUCCCACUAAGCUGCGUCAGCUCUGCCAUUUGGAGCGGAACAAUGCGGCUGCGGCUUUGGUUGGCGGUAUUAGCUGCGAGGGAUCGUCUGCGUCUGGACGCUUUGGGGUUUAAUUAGUUAGUUCAUGAGUUGUUGUGGUUUACUUGUUCGUUAUCUUAAUUAAUUAUGGGCCUUUAAUUUAGUCUUUCUUGGCUAAUUUUUUUGAACAAAUCUUUCUUGGCUAAUU